CUGGUGGUGCGAUCUCGCUCUUGCCUCGUUGUGCGCGGCGUCGGUGUGUGCGUGUGUCGAAGAGAGAGAGCUGGCUGGAGUCGAGUGGCGAGUGGCUGACGAAAAAUUUCGAACCGAACGGUGGAACAGUGCGGGCGCGUGUUGAGCGUGUUCAGAAGUUGAUUCCUUUUGGGUAAAAGUGCAACCAUAGUCCGCGGGCAUCAUGUUUGAUGUGUUCGGAUCCGUGAAGGGUCUGCUGAAGCUAGACCAGGUGUGCAUCGACAACAACAUCUUCCGGCUGCACUACAAGGCGACGGUGAUCAUCCUGAUCGCGUUUUCGCUGCUGGUCACCUCGCGCCAGUACAUUGGCGAUCCGAUCGACUGCAUCGUCGAUGAAAUCCCGCUGAAUGUGAUGGACACGUACUGUUGGAUUUACUCGACGUUCACCAUCCCGAACCGGCUGACAGGAGUUGCCGGAAAGGACAUCGUCCAACCGGGCGUGGCCAGCCACGUCGACGGACACGACGAGGUCAAGUACCACAAGUACUACCAGUGGGUGUGCUUCGUGCUGUUCUUCCAGGCCAUGUUGUUCUACGUGCCGCGUUACCUUUGGAAAACGUGGGAAGGCGGCCGCAUCAAGAUGCUGGUGCUUGAUCUCAAUAUGCCGAUCAUGAACGAGGACGCCAAGGAGCGCAAGAAGAUCCUGGUCGACUAUUUCGCCGACAACCUCAAGGGGCAUAACUUCUACGCGAUGCGGUUCUUCUUCUGUGAGGUGCUCAACUUCUUCAACGUGCUCGGACAGAUCUAUUUCAUGGACUUUUUCCUCGACGGCGAGUUCUCGACGUACGGCAGCGAUGUGGUGCGCUUCACCGAGAUGGAACCGGAGGAACGCGGUGACCCGAUGGCACGCGUCUUUCCCAAGGUGACCAAGUGUACCUUCCACAAGUACGGUCCGUCCGGAAGCGUGCAGAAGUUCGACGGUCUGUGCGUGCUGCCGCUGAACAUCGUCAACGAGAAGAUCUACGUGUUCCUGUGGUUCUGGUUCAUCCUGCUCACGAUCCUGACCGGCAUCUCGCUGGUGUACCGCUUCUGCAUGGUCAUGAUGCCGAAGCUGCGACUGCUGAUGUUGCGCGCCCGUUCGCGAUUGUCCACCCACAACGAUGUGGAGCUGAUAGCUUCCCGCUGCCAUAUGGGCGAUUGGUUCAUACUGUACCAGCUCGGCAAGAACAUCGAUCCGCUGAUCUACAAGGAGAUCAUUUGUGAUCUGGCGCAUAAGUUGGAGGGCAAGGAGAUUGUAUAACACACAACCGCAGCAACGAAAAACCACCACUCUCAUCUCCCUUUCGGGGAAGGUGGAGGUGUGAAGGACGAAACUCGCGAGCGGGGAGAGAAGAGAUCCUCUUGAAGUUCGCAAGGGUUUGCGCCUUCCAGCACCAGGCUAAAACGUAUUUCCAUCCUGCCCCGAACACUGCACUAUCAGCUUCAAAAUCGAGUAGAAGAAUAGAACGAAAAAUGCCGAAAGAUUCAUUGAACCUUAGAACCACCUACUCCCACUGCGCGCGCCCACCCACCCCUCUUCGUGCAUGCAAGCGAGCGCGAUCGAGUCGGGAAGCAACAUCAUCGAAAGGCUUCCCAAGCAACAUCCGCGGGACGACGGAAAAGCGAGCGCCAAGAAGCAGCAUUGCGAUUCGCGUCUUGAGAAGAUGUCGAAGAUCUUCCCACCACACCACACCCGCUGGCCCCGACCCCAACACCCGCCACCACGCGGCUAGGACACCGCACACCGCAUAUGGGCAGAAACAUACGAUUCUUCGCCCGUGCGCUUCACCGUCUUUCUCGGUCUCCUUAUGCUCUUCUCGACACCAGUGCGCACCGCAUCAGGAUAGAACUCAGCUCAGAUUAUCUAUCGCACGUCAACGAACACGAGACAUCAGUGGUUCAACUGGAUACGAUCGUAGGACGAAUAAUUGCGGUGUUUAGAUAAAGGAUUAGUUGCAGAUCCAAGCAACUCGAGUAAUGACAGCCGAAGAAAAUCGCACCCGUUUCGCUGCAUCGGAUUCCAGUAACAACGCAUUUGUAUUGUUUUAGCACGCCGUUGAAUUGUUGUUGAAAAUGCGAAAUGCUGAUUAUGCAAUUAUAUGGCAAUCGAAUAUUUGUUCUGAUAAAAAAAUGCGACACAGCUUAUGAGCAGAGAAAUAAGUGCAGAUUCAACCAUCGGUUUUCGAGAACGGUAUAUGUUUAUUUGCAUACCAUAAUACAAGAUUCUCGAAAUAAUACGAAAUAAUCGACGAAUGAGAACGGUGUUGGAGCGGUGUAAGCGGCAUAAAAUUGCUGCUGGGCUAUUUUAUCAAUCAACGAACAGAUAUAACCAGGGAUAAAUAGGAGAAACUUCGCGCAAAGCAACACAUUCCUAAAAGAAAACUCAAUGACUGCAACAAUGAUGAUAGAUUUCCCCCCCAAACGAUCUUUAUAUUUCCUUUUGAAGAAAAAAUAAUGUCCUUUUUGAUACUUUUUUCUACAACUGCUAAAGUGUGCAGCCAGAUUUUCCAAUAUAGAUCUAAUAUAGUGGAUAAGUAAGAAAAAACACGAUAAUACAAGUAGCGAAACGAGGAUGCAAGUAUAGAGCAUAGGGCUAUUCAAAAUCGACACAUAUUUAGUGGUAACUUUAGCACGCUACACGAAACGCAAUCUCUGGCACUUAUGUGCGACAUCGAAUGGAUUGGAUCGAUGUCCUUUGGUACGAACUCGUUAGAAGACGCGCGAGAACAUUUGGUCGGCAUCAUUAUUGGCGUCGUGAUAUUACCAUGCCAUAUGGAAGCAAGGACUCGCAAGAAUAUUGAGGAAGCAGCAGCAUUUAAGAGGAUCUUUUUCGGGCGCGAAGCUUUCACAAAGAAGCUCCGUCCAUCGCACGCUAUGCCAUUUGCAUAUAAGCAUUAUUGAACAAUAGUUUAACCUUAGGUGCAUGUAGUACAGUAUAGAACAAGAGAUCGAUGAAAGUUCGUCUAUCGUAUGUUUGGUGCAAAUCAAGUUGAACAAUGCAUGUGUUCUUUUUUUUUAAUGGAAGUCAGAAAUUCUCAUAUCUCAAUCAUCAAUCGACAGGUUUUGAGAUUUAGUUUAAUGUUUGUGAUGUGUGAAAUUUUAAUUCGUUUUUAUGUUGCUGUAUGUCGGUAUCGCGUAUCAUGUUUGAGCGUACUCGUACGCUUGCGUAACUUUGUUUGUAAAGUAUCGAAAUUGUAAAAUUGCAUAGACUCAAGUUUGGUAUAUAUUUGCUGAAUUCGCCAAAAGACAUCAUAAAACAAAUAAGCAUUUAUUAUUAUAUCUACCUAAAUUUGACACAUGGACCCAUCAAGGAAAAUUUACGUACGAAUACUUCCGUCGAUUCGGCCUACGACGGAAGCACAGCAGAAGUAGCAAUGAAGCUAAAAUUGUAAGAACAGCGAAGAAAUAAGAGUUUCUUGUGAUAAACAUAUAAAUUAUAGAAUGUAAUAGGGAAGCAUUUUUCCUGCCAAACCCCCAUGAUCCUUUUCUUCCUACAGCCCCUAUUCCACUUAUUCUGAUAGUAGGAUUGACAAAUGUAAGCAUUUGUACUAGGUGCGUCCAAAAUUGAUAAUGCUUAACAUACAGUAAGAUGUAAUUUCUACAUUCGGCAAAUGUGACAAAAGCAAAAGCAAACGCUAGUGAGCUCCUUAUGGUUGUACAAGCGAGACGGAACUUUCAGGCGGUUCUUCCAGGUCAUUCAAACGGUCUAUCGACGAUGUUAGGUUUUUACCAUGGAUUUAUCCGUCAACUCUGUUUUCAUCAUUCCAGCGGGCACUUCCAAAGGGUAGGGCAGAAGCACGAUAGUAGUUCGCAUAUCACGCCGUUCACGAUGGAGAAUAGCAGUAGUAUAGGCAAUCAGUCGGUCGUACGGUGACAUCGAGCUCAACAAGACGAAGAUGCCAUCAUCUCAGCACAUUGAUUUUUAGCACUUUUAACGUUCGCGCACGGUUUUACAGAAGAUUCAUAUUUUUGAUAACUACUAUUCUUAGCAGAGAGUAAAAGAGAGAGGCGCACAGAGAAAGUGUAAUAUUUUAGACGUGUAUUUUAAUGAAGUUUUAUACCAAUCGAUUCAGCACAAACAUUUUACGAAACGCAUUUUAACAAGACAAUCAGCGUAAGAUAACCAAUCGUGGUACGGUAAUGGCGAAUCAUGUCGUUAUACAAGCACAAGUGUAACAUGCGGAAAAGCAACGGGCAAAUGGUGAAACCCCCAGAUCACGUUUGUACGAACCGCUCUACUCUUCUCUAUCAGUGCCUUUGGAUUUGGAGAUAGUUUUGGCUUAAAUAAAACUCAC